AGCACAGCAAGCAUCUCUACGCUCGUUGAGAUGCGUCGCCCACUUUGUCGCCCGUGAUGCCGGAGUACUUCUUCCAUCUAUCCUUCGAGCUCCAUUCUUCUCGCUCUCCCGCAGACGCGACCUUCCUUCCGCCACCACAGACCAACAUCUUCACGUCAAAGCUCCCAGCGCAUAGGCAAGCACUGUGGAGCUCAGCGACGCCGGUGCCUAGAACGUACAGCGCUGCAAGUGCUUCUAAACAUCGAAGGCUCAGCCAGCGCACACGACUCUCGCUUUCCGAGCACCACGAUAGUCCCGUUCCUGUCGACCAAGUACCUACAAAGAGCGGCCAGGAAAUCUCCCAGAAUAGCUUCGCCGCACAUCAGGAUUGGCGCUUCGACACCAUUUCCAUCCUUAGCAUCGACAUGCUUCCAAACAACAACGGCGACUCAACAAGGCAGGCACUCAAGCAGGCUGCGACCUCUGGUGGCCUCGCCACCAAGGGCAAAUUUGUGCCCUCCGAUCCCAAGAACACAGAAGUAGGCUGGGGAGUCGUCCACUUAUUUCGAGAUGGACACGAUACACCGGGACUAUACGACGAGGUGGAAGGGGCACACGGGCCUUUCAUAGAGGAGGACUGCACAACCCUUUGCAUCCUGGCUGUACCCUCGUACAUGACGCCGUCAGAUUUUCUCGGUUUCGUCGGAGAGCAGACAAGAGAGGACGUUUCGCACUUCAGACUUAUUCGAACGGGUCGGGCAAACAAGUACAUGGUGCUCAUGAAGUUCCGGGAAUCAAGCAAGGCAAGAGAAUGGAAGAAGGAGUGGAAUGGCAAAACAUUUAACAGCAUGGAGCCCGAGUACUGCCACGUCGUUUUUGUCAAGUCGAUCAAUUUCCAAGACGGCGAUGCUUCGACCCGUGAUCCAUCCUCGUAUCCCGAUCUAACAAACGACCCAUUCACACCGGCCGCAACCCAGGAAUCUACCACGCCGUUGCCGCCAAAUUCGAGUGUAUCCCCGUCCGCCGAAAGUAGCUCGCUCACAACGGCGCUCACGACCAAGCCACAUGCGCCUCCCACGCCCGCUCUAGUCGAGCUACCAACCUGCCCUGUCUGUCUUGAGCGCAUGGACGAGACCACGGGGCUGCUUACCAUCCUCUGCCAGCACGUCUUUCAUUGCGCUUGCCUUGAGAAAUGGCGCGGCUCGGGCUGUCCUGUAUGUCGCUAUACUCAGAAUGACGCCUUCACGUCACAACACGGUCUCGACGGCGACGCGCCAGAAAAUAUGUGUAAGGACUGUGGUGCCACCGAGAACCUAUGGAUUUGCGUCAUCUGCGGUAACAUCGGUUGUGGACGCUACGACGAGGCGCAUGCCUUUGCCCAUUUUAAAGCUACGAAACACACGUAUGCAAUGGAUGUUGUGUCUCAACACGUUUGGGAUUAUGCAGGCGACGGCUACGUUCAUCGUCUGAUCCAGAACAAGGCCGAUGGAAAGCUGGUCGAUCUUCCUGCCUCAACGCAUCAGUCCGUGGGCGGCGCAGGCAUGACCGGCUAUGCCAACGAUAGCGUUCCGCGCGAAAAGCUGGACAACAUGGGCAUGGAGUACGCCUUUCUGCUCACAUCCCAGCUCGAAUCCCAACGCGCAUACUUUGAAGAACAGCUUUCAAAAGCAACAGACAAAAGCACAAAGGCCGCAACUGCAGCGGAAGAAGCGUCACGCACGGCAUCUACACUAGCGAAAGACUUCAAGGCUCUGCAACAACAGUACAUCGAAACCGUAGCUACGGUGUCUGGCCUGGAGAAAGAGAGCGCAAGAAACGCACAAAGGGCGACGUCAGCAUCAGAUUUGGCCCGCACCCUGACAAAGCAAUACAAGGAAGAGAAAACCAUCAAUGACUCCUUGCUGACACGCAUCAAGCAUCUCGAGAAGGUUGCUGCCGAAGCCGAAGCCAAAGUCAAAGAUCUAGAAAGCCAGAAGGCGGAUCUCGAGGACCAGAACCACGAUCUGUCCAUGUUCAUAAGCGGAACGCAGAAGAUCAAGGAAAUGCAGGAGAACGAGGCCUUUGGCCUGCAGGAAGGCGAACUCGAGGCCGGCACCGUCGAAGUCGGCAAGAAGAAGAAGGGCAAGGGCAAGAAGAAGGUCUAGAAGCCCACGCCUGGCAGUGCACAAUCGUGCCCCGUCAGCCCUGCAAGUGACUGCCGCAAGACACCAGAUUCCGCAACUGCGUUCUGGACGGAGGAAGCUCGCGCGCGCAAUGCGAUGAUCGACCAGGACGCCGAAG